GUGAGCUGGCCCUUUAAAUUUCCCGCAUGUUUCAAAAGCCUUUAGUUUUUGAAUCCAGUUUCUUGCAACUCGUUGACCGAGAAGAAAAACUACUGAAAAAAUAAUCUCAACCUAGAACUAUAAAAAAGGUAUAAUUUUCUCAUAAUCUUCAAGCUAACUGCAGAAAAUUUCGUAAUCAGCACAAAACAGAUUAAUUGCUGCCUUGAUUUAGUGGUUUGCUGGAAAAAAUCUUCUCUACCAUCAUGCCUGGAAUGGAGAAUAACCGCCUGUCUUCCUUUAAGAACAAGGGUCGAGAUAAUAGCGAGAUGCGCAGAAGACGUCAGGAUGUCACAGUUGAACUUCGCAAAUCCAAGAAGAAUGACCAGCUCCUUAAGCGUCGCAACAUCUGCGCAGAAGAAGAGACGCCAAUGCCUCUGCAGGAACAGAAACAGGUUGCUGCCAUGUCACUGGAUGAGAUUGUCACAUCGGUCAAAUCAACCGAUCCCAUCAAGCAGUUCCAUGCCGUCCAGUCAGCGCGUAAGAUGCUGUCCCGUGAGCGCCAUCCUCCAAUCAACGCCAUCAUCAAGGCUAACCUCAUCCCAACGUUUGUAGAGUUCCUCAACUACCAUGACAAUCCCAGUAUUCAGUUUGAAGCUGCGUGGGCUCUGACCAACAUAGCCUCUGGAACGCCAGAGCAGACCCAGGCUGUAGUGAGCCAGAAUGCAAUCCCAGCCUUCGUCAAACUUCUCUCAUCGCCGCAUGAGAAUGUUAAGGAGCAGGCUGUCUGGGCUCUGGGAAACAUUGCAGGUGAUGGACCAGCAUUGAGGGAUGAGGUUAUCAGACACGGAGUGUUAAACCCCCUACUACAGCUCAUCACUCCAAACACGCCGACAAACUACCUUCGUAACAUCUGUUGGACCGUGUCCAAUCUGUGCCGUAACAAGAACCCAUACCCACCAGAGGAGGUUGUUGUUGGCGUCCUCCCUGCCCUGGGCUCCCUCAUCUAUAACUGCGACAAAGAGGUACUGGCCGACGCCUGCUGGGCCUUGUCGUACCUCACCGAUGGAACAAACUCUAGAAUUGAUAAUGUUGUACGAUCGGGUGUCGUUCCAAGACUGGUGCAACUUCUAGCAUGUGAAGAAAUCUCUGUAGUGACCCCAACUCUUCGAACCCUAGGAAAUAUUGUGACAGGAACUGAUGAUCAGACUCAGGUGGUCGUUGAGAAGGGCGUCCUCCCAGUCAUGGCAAGCCUACUCCGCCAUCCCAAGAACAACAUUCAGAAGGAAUCUUGCUGGAUGAUCAGCAACAUCACUGCCGGCAAUGUCACACAGAUCGAUGAGGUCAUCAAAGCUGGUCUUCUUGGACCUCUCAUUGAUGUCAUGUUGAAGGGUGACUUCAAGAGCCAGAAGGAAGCCUGCUGGGCAGUGACUAAUCUGACCUCUGGUGGUAGUGUGGAGCACAUCGUCCACGCUGUCCAAGCAGGAUGCCUCAAACCACUCUGCAACCUCCUCACUGUCCAGGAUGCUAAGAUCAUCCAUGUCAUACUGGAGGCCAUCAAUAACAUUCUCCUGGCAGCUAAGCAGCUUGAUCAGCUCGAGACUGUCUGCCUGAUGAUUGAGGAAUGCGAAGGAAUUGAAAAACUAGAGAACCUACAGGAGCACAAACAGCAGAGUGUGUAUGAGGCUGCAGUCGAGAUCAUUGAAAAGUACUUCUCAGAACCGGGUGAGGAUAACCAAGAACUAGCGCCAGAGACAAAAGAGAAUGAGUUUGAGUUUAAUCCCGUUGCAUCCAACACGCCCAUCGCUAUCUGAUUCGUCUCCGUGGUGAUGGCCUUUGAACCCCACUCACUUCGUAUUGUGUACAGUUUUGUAUAUUGAGUACUAAUUGUGAAAUGACUGGAUACUUUCUAAACCUGCUGGAACAACUCUGUGACUUAAAUCUUCUGUCAACAUUCUGUCCCUGUUGCAAGUACCUUUAUUGUGUCAUGAAGGGAACGAUUUCAUGCAGCACUUUUGCAUAGCAAAAUAUUUUGCCGAAUCAGACUUUGUGCACACAGAAUGCUACAUAUAAGAGUAGUAAAUGAUGAUUUUUAAGGAGCAAUUGAAACAUUUUGUGUAGCAUUUUGCUACGCUAUGCGAAUGAAAUAGUUGAUUGGCAUGUCUUGCAUUUUGUGUUUUCAGCCCUUGCAGUUACUCUACCGUGUGUAUGGGUCUACAUUAUUGGGAUGCUUGGUGCCAGCAGACUUACCAGGUAAAAUCCAUUGUUCUUGGUGAUAUGCGCAUGCUUAGAACUACGUAAACAAUGGAUAUUUAUUUGGUAAGUCUGCUGCCACCUAGAGUUCAAAAAGUCUCUCAUUGCAGUUACAGUUUGUUGAAUAUUGCUAGCUAUUUGACACAGAAUUUCAGUUUUGGUAAACCAUAUCUUACAAAAUUCUGAAUUAUUGGCAAUAAUGUCAAGGGGGAAAAAACUGCACUUUUUUUCUUGUUGCAUCUGAAUGAGGCUGAAUUUGGGACAAACUUUGGUGUGGCCAUGCACCAUUUUUUGUACUUUGAAUGUUUUGUGGUGGACUGAUUACAGUGGUGUAUUGAGGACACAUGAUUGUGAAAUAGAACAAUAUGCAAGGCUGGUAUUUCAACGGUCUUAAAUUUUUGUUUUGCCCACUAUUUUGUUGUCAAUUCAUGCGACCUGUGACUCGUAUUGCAUAUUGUUUCAUGGCACUCGACAGUGACGAUCAUGAUGAAAAAGUUCAAAUUAUGUUUCAAUGUGUUUUAUAGUUUGGUUGUUAAUUGUUCAGGUCUAACGACUAGAAAUUAUACAUGUGGUUGAAAACAUUUUGAGAAGUUUGAGUAGAGCUUUAGUUUAAAAAACGAAAAAUUAUAAAAUUGUGUUUGAAAUCUAGAGUGUGAGAGGAUAAUGCUUUGAGCAAGCCAAAAGUACUUUAUGGUGAAUUUAAUCAAGAAAUUGUGCGCAAACUUUGUUUGGCAUACACUGAUAUUAGAUGCAUAAACGCCUCGCGAUAAUUACAUGUUUUUGUUGAAACUUGAUUCUCAAGACAACUUUAAUUCUAAAAACUUGCCCUUUUCUACAAUGUACUUUGUACAGGUUUUAACAGCAAUUUUGCAGUCAGUGUUUUGUUAGGGAAAAAAAUCUGGAUCCAGUUUUGUGUCAACUUUCCAAUUGCAGCGAUGUUUUUUGCUGUACAUAGCCAGCUGUACAAAGCCAGAGUACUUGUACAUUCACUUUAUAUUGUACAUAAAAUCUAUAUGGUACUUGGUUGGAGAAUGGUAUUGUCAUCACCAUACAUCUUGUAUAUAUUAGGGCAUGUGGUUUGAAGUACAUUUUCACCAACAAUCUAUGCAUAGGCCAAUACUUUACACAAAAAUCAUUUUGUAUUCAAUAAUAAAAUGUUUUUGUACCAAG